GUCAACUUUAAGCUGUUGCAAGGGUCUUAGUGUGAAUGCACAUAUGCACACACUGGUGUCUACAGUUUGUAAGACAUGAGUGGCACAGUCCGCCAGAUCACAAUAACCACUGAUCCAAGUACACCCUACUUCCUGCGAGUGGACUGGGCAGAGGACCUGGGUGCUGGAUUUACAUUAGCUCUCACUGAUGGCAGCUCGGCGUGGAUUGGAGAAGUUUCAGAAGAUGAGGUGACAAACGAAGCCAGUGAACUGGGAGUCACAAGAGAAAACUAUGUGAAGGAUCUUCUUCUAGCACUAACAAGGAGUGGUGAAGGAAGAGGAGGACGAGGCAGAGGGAGCGACAAGAAGGCCUAUUCUUUCCACCUGACUCCAGAUCACUGUCAUCUCUCAUAUCAGAAGUUCUGUGAUGACAUCACGGUGGACUUGGGCUCGGUGGAGCUCCAACCGGCUCCAGACCCUCUAGAGCUGAACCGGGAGAUGAUUGGCCAGUCCCUGAAGCGCGGCACAGAUCUGCAGUCAGAAAACUGCCGGCUACUGGAGGAGAAUUGUGGACUGAAACAGGAGCACCAUCGAAUACUCACAGAGCUGGAGAAGCAUGUUCAGGAUAAGGAGACGAUGGAGAAGAAGCUUUACUCACGUUUUGUCCUGGUGCUGAAUGAGAAGAAGGCGAAGAUCCGGGGCCUGCAGGGCAACAUCCACCAGCUCCAGCAGACUGCUGACAAGCAGGACAGUGACGAUGAAGCAACUCUGGAUGAAGAUGGCAGCCAGAACAGAGGAGAGGAGACUGUUCCGAGCUUCCAUCCAUCUCAGGAGCAAACCAUCCUAAUCACAGGUCGUAAUCUUGUGUGCCACGGCGUCACUGUGGACCACACGUUUUCUGAUAACGAAGACGAACAACCGAGAAGGAAGCGGAGGUUACUUCACGCUCCAAGUGCCGGGCCCUCUGAGCAGGAAUAAAAUCACAGAUGAUGUCCAGGACUCAUCAACAUGAUUGAAGCCCUAAAUCGAAGGCCUUUUUUCUGAUAAACAAGUUUUCUGGAUCCCUAUCGAGCUAUGUGGGGAGCUGGUCAACGUUUAUCUCAAUAC